UAAAAAGAAAAAAAAACCCACCAAUUCCAAUAAUUUCUUAUCUUCCCUGUCUAAUUCUUGCCUUAAUCCAUCAUUAUUUAUUCCCAUUGAAUCCAAAUCGCUGCCUUCUCAAGCUUUCUUUUCAAACCCAUGUUGCAUCCUGUGUUUUUUUGUUCGUUCCAUGACAGGAUUAAUAGAUCUUAACAAGUUUUUUCCUGUAAAAUUUUUCAUUGUAUUAUAUAUGUUAGAAUUAUAGAUUUGAGAGAAAAUUUAGCAGGAAUUGAUUUGUUUUGAAGAUGACCAAUUAUGUAGAUUUCAAUCAGAGGAUAGACUAUGUAUUUAAGGUUGUAUUGAUUGGAGAUUCUGCGGUUGGGAAAUCUCAGCUCCUGGCAAGGUUUGCAAGAAAUGAAUUUUGUGUGGAGUCAAAAGCCACCAUUGGGGUCGAAUUCCAGACAAAAACUCUUUCUAUUGAUAAUAAAACUGUCAAGGCACAAAUUUGGGACACUGCUGGCCAAGAAAGGUAUAGGGCAGUGACAAGUGCAUACUAUCGAGGAGCAGUAGGUGCAAUGCUAGUUUAUGACAUGACCAAGCGCCAAUCAUUCGAUCAUAUGGUGAGAUGGCUAGAGGAAUUGAGGGGUCAUGCUGACAAGAACAUUGUAGUAAUGCUCAUUGGAAACAAGUGUGACUUGGGAAGUCUUCGAGCAGUGCCAGUAGAAGAUGCCCAGGAGUUUGCCCAAAGAGAGAAUCUGUUCUUUAUGGAGACAUCAGCUCUUGAGGCAACAAAUGUUGAAACUGCUUUCUUGACAGUACUAACAGAGAUAUAUCGAGUUAUUAGCAAGAAAACUCUUACCGCCAAUGAUGAGCUAGAUGCUAAUGGGACUUCAGGCCUUUUAAAGGGAACCAGGAUCAUAGUUCCAAGCCAGGAUCAUCAAAACAUUGGAAAAAGAGGUGGUUGUUGCAUGUCUUCCUAAUUUUAACUUACCAUUUUUUUUUCUUCUG